AUGGUCAUUGAUCUUACAAAAGAUUCCCCUUCAGAAGAUGAACUUGAUCGUGAUGUUAAACCUUUAUCUGUGGGAUUCAGUGGCAAACGUGAUGAAGGGUUCAAUUUGCUCCAGCAGUUCACGCGUCCGAGGCCACGGUUGAGAACAAGUGCGAGCGUGGAAAUAGCUUUGAAUGCGAGGAAUAGCACAGAGUCGAUGGAUGGCGUUAUGUUGAAUGGCCAGAAUGUCGCGGUGUUGAACAACGAACCCUCCCCUCUUCAUUUCGCAGUUGUCGUACCGUCGAUCUCCAGUAGCGACACAAGUAACAAAAAACGUCGCCUGAGCUCUGAAAACCACCUCAGCUCCCCAGUUAAUGGGGUUCUCGGUUUUCCUAUCCACCAUGACGCUUCAGAACUUGACUUCAACAUUGAGUUCAUCAAUGAAUAUAAGCUUCAGCAUGGGGUUGCGCGUGUUGAGCCAGAUUUCCAUACAGGCUGUCGAUGUGAUGAUAAGUGUGAUUUGCACAAAUGCGAUCAUCUCUCAUAUGAGGAGGAGUCGGAAGAUCGCAUUGUGCCUUAUCAGAUGGGUCGGGGUGGAACGAUUGUCCUCAGACAGGAUUUCCUUAAACGAAGGGCUAUGAUAUAUGAAUGCUCCCGGCUUUGUCCUUGUAUGCCAGGUUGCUGGAACCAGGUCGUUCAAAAAGGACGAACUGUUAAAUUAGAAAUAUUUCGUACGUCGAACCGUGGCUUCGGCCUACGCUCCCCGGAAAGUAUACAAUCAGGUCAAUACAUUGAUAGGUACCUAGGCGAGGUAAUAACCAAAAAGGAGGCCGAUGCCCGCGAAGCUGCUGCAGGGGAUCCAGCGAGUUACCUUUUUCAACUUGACUUCUUCCAAGAGGAUGAUGAAUGUUACAUUGUUGACGGAAAAAAGUACGGGUCUAUCACGCGCUUUAUGAACCAUUCCUGCAACCCUAAUUGCAAGAUGUUCCCGGUCUCCCAAUAUGACGCUGAGCAGAAGAUAUUCGACAUGGCUUUCUUUGCUAUAAAAGAUAUUCCUGCGGGAACCGAGCUUAGCUUCGAUUACUGCCCCAACUAUAGUAUAGAGAGUUCAAGAUAUAGUGACCCUCAAGAUGUUCCAUGCUUGUGUGGUGAGCCGAACUGCCGUCGUAAACUGUGGCCAAACCAGCGGAAAACUAUGCAGCCCGAAGUGGAGUGA